AUGACCGAUGUCUUCCUAAUCUGCUUCUCCGUGGUCAACCCGGCCAGUUUCCAGAACGUGCGUGAGGAGUGGGUGCCUGAAUUGCAGGAGUAUGCGCCCAGUGUGCCCUAUCUUCUCAUCGGCACCCAGAUCGAUCUUCGAGAUGACCCCAAGACCAUCGCCAAAUUGAACGACAUGAAGGAGAAGCCCAUCACCACCGAGCAAGGCCAGAAACUGGCAAAGGAGGUUUGUACGAUUGGUGCGUGUUGCUAUGUGGAGUGUUCGGCACUGACCCAAAAGGGCCUGAAGACAGUGUUUGACGAGGCCAUCAUCGCUAUCUUGGCUCCAAAGAGAAAGAAGGGAUCUCUGAAGAGAAGAAUGGGACCCCGCUGUAUCAACUGCUGCCUCAUCACGUGA